CCAACCAACAACCACAUAUCUUCACAAUGGUGCGCCGAGCAGUCGCAAUCCCCAAGGCGGCGAAGAAUGCCUUCGUGCCGCCCUCCCAGCGCAAGCAGGUCUUUCUGCCUGAAUUCGUCAUUUCCCUCGUCCGAACACCCUUCCUCUCUCCCCGCUAUGCCCAAUUCCGCGUCCCCCUCAACUUCAACAAGCUCGAUCUGCGCGAUUAUCUCCAGAACUUAUAUGGUGUCGGCGUUGUCAGUGUUCGCAGCUAUAUCGAGCAGCAGCCUAUUACUCGUAUGACGCGAGAUGGACGCAAUAUUGGUGCAUGGCGGCGGCCGCAGGCGCAGAAGCGGAUGACCGUUGAACUUCGCGAGCCUUUCGUGUACCCCGAGGAGCCGAAGGAUCUCAGCCCAUGGGAGAAGAGCUCUUGGGACGCCAGCGAAAAAUGGCAGAACAAGAUGCAAAAGAAGAUGCAGGAUGGACCCCACAAGGCCGAGGAGCCCGAUACCGAUCUGCGCAGGGCCUUUGAGGAGCAGGCUAAGGAGAUUAAGAAGAACCCCGAAGAGUGGCGGUCAUCUUCGAAGGUGUUGGGUUGGGACUUUGCGCAUAAGGAGUUCACUAGGACGGGACGGAAGUCGGCGGCGCCUAAGUGGAUGUCGAAGUAGGCAUUGGGCGGCCUUGGAUUUGGGUGUUUGGCUCUUUCGAUUUGAAAAUGGGUGUUUUUGUAUUAUUUUCAUACGCUCUUGGGGCACAUCUUGUAUUAUAUCAUCUUGAGGUCGCGAUAGGUAGAUCUCAAUGUUCGAGCCCGU